AUGGAAAGAAGAGAACUGCAAGGAAGCCGCUGCUUCGGUCUGUUCAUCAUGAAUUCGGCUGUUUACAGAAGGAAGCCAGGAAAUCCGCCAAAAUCGCGUGACACUGUGCGGUAUAUGAGCCAGAUGAGGCAAAAAGGACUGCGAGAGAAUCGCAGCUCAUCAAGAAGGAAAGCGUUGAGAUGGGAAGACGAAGUGUUUGUGGAUUCGGGUAUCAAAAUACGUGUCCCAUCUUUGUCUGCAAAUUUGCGUUACAAGCGUUCUUCGAACGGAAUGCGUUUGGAUUGA